AUGGCCACGUUCAUUGCUGAGCGACAGUUUGCUAAACAACAGCAUGUUGGGGAUAUGAGUGUCGCUGGGGUGGUUGAGCAACAAAAGGAUGAUGAGAUCGAUGAUUUGAUGCAGUAUAUGGGGUACUCGGAUAACGGCCCAGCUAAGGGCAUCCAGACGGGUACGCUGGUGGAUCCACUGCCAAUCCGCUGA